CCUGAAGCCGCGCGGAGAUACCCUGGACAGUGCUGCGUUGUCGCCCGUUUUGUGGUCAAUAAAAAAAACAAUAACUAUUAAGACAUGAAAUCGCUCAGGACUAGUCCGCACUCUGUGAGAGAAAACAAAAUAAACUUCAAAUAAACCCAGGAAAAGCACAUUCCUCAUAACUCGCGAAAUGUCAAUUAGUGCUUGCAGUAGCUAAAAUUCGAGUAUCUCUGAAAACCAUAAUCAGAUCCGCACGUUUUUCCGAGCCAAAAUCAAAGUUUAGCAACGGAAAAAUAUCCUUAACUGACGGACAAACUGAACUGGCAACUUCCGCUUCCGCCGAGUGCUUCAACUUCAGUUUAAUGUUAACUCUGGCAAAACCAAAUUGACAAGAAGGAAAUAAAGCAAGAGACCUAACAAAAAAGGAUCCGGUGAAACAUAUCGUACAGCUUUGUCAUCGGCCAGAAAGAAAAACUACAUAAAUCAACGACACUGCCAAAGCCAAGGGCAACAAUAACUGGACGAAGCAAUUAAUUUUAUUCAAACAUUCAGCGGAGCCGCUCCGGCAGGAAGGACGAAAAAUGGAUUACGGCUGGCUGCUGUUUCUGUUCAUCGCGCAUUUAAUUGAUUAUUCAAGCGUCUCGGCCCUGUUUGUUACGGACAUAAGUGUACCAGAAAUAGUAGACUUUCGGGACAACGUGACGCUCUCCUGCAGCUAUGACAUGCGAGGACACACCCUGAACUCUGUCAAAUGGUAUAAGGAUCACGAGGAGUUCUUCAGGUAUUCUCCGCUGGCUAGUCCGAUCUAUAUGACCUUUGGCGUGCCCGGCCUGCAAGUUCUCGACGGCAAGUAUCUCUGCAACGAGUCUAGCUGCAGAUUGGACCUAAGCCUUCAGGGUGCCCGGUCGACGGGCUUGUACAAGUGCGAGGUCAGCGGCGAUGCACCGCACUUCAAGCUGGCGGACAAGGCAGACAACAUGACGGUGGCAGCCCUGCCCCAGAGCGACCCGCUAAUCGAGAGCUUCAACUCGAUGUACCGCAUGGAGGAGUUCCUGAGUGCCACAUGCUCCUCGGACUACUCCAGCCUACCCACCCGGCUCACCUGGUACAUCAACGGCGAGCAGCCUCUGCUGGGCGAGCUGCAGCCCACCAUCGACACCAGCAUCCCGGCUCACGACUAUGUACUGCGUCGCCAGCGGCUGCAGGUGCACUUUUAUCUGCAGGGACAGCGCUUCUACCAGGCUGGAAAAAUCCUCGAGCUGAAGUGCGUCGCGGAAAUUGAGAAUUAUCCGGAGCUGCGGCGGGAAACGUCACUCAGCGCCUCACUUUCGCAGUUCGAUAAUUUGAACAAUCAAAUGCUGAUACAUGCGGGCACCAAUUCUGGGGCCGCACAAAGGAGCCGCGCCUGGGCCACGACAUCGCUAAUUUCCGCCUGGCUGGUGACACUUUUUCUCGCACCUUGCUUUCGACGCCCCUCAUGAACGGGCUCCAAAUUGCUCAGGGGAUCGGAGUCGGAGUUGGCGUUGGAACGGGUUGCGCCUCGUACUCGUUUGGCGACUUUGUCAACUAUAUCAUCACGUUAGUUAGUUAGUCAGUCAGCUAGUCACUUAGUUAGUUAGUUAGUUAGUUAGGGUAACACACAAAGGUAAGACCGCAAACUAGUCAAUAGGCAAAGCUUUCGGGUGUAAAUAGGGUUGAAGUUGAAGUUGGAGCCGUGUUGAAGUUUACAAUUUUUAGAGUGUGCCAAAUAUUCACAGUCAAACGAAAUCAGGUUGAAGAUUAAUGCAAUUCAAGAUACUUCAUUUCACGUGAAUUUAAUUCAUCUAUUGUUUAAGUAUACGACAGACAAGAAGUGAUCUAUUUUCAGUAAUACUCGUAUGGUCUUCGAGCCAAUUGAAGUCAUUUUUGGUGAGGAAAAACAUACACAUAUUACUUAUCGAUAAAUUUGAUAAAUUUCACGUGGUGUUGUGGACCUUGUACAUGAAUGUUUUAAAGUUGAUUAGCUGAACAAACACGAAUACACGUUAAAACAGUGUAUUGAAUCAGGGGAAGCUGAAACAAAAAAAAAAGAAUACGACCUGCCUGAUAUUCCGAUACUAUCCUGAAUAAUGUCACUCGCCAGCGAAGCGAUCGAAUUUAUAUCGAAUGUAUGUAUAUAGAUGUAAUUUUUUCCCGUUCGUUGCUUGGCAAUUGAAUGACAAACACAUGCGUUUGUAGAGCACAUUGAACACUUUUCGAGUACUAUAUUUAUCCGCACACCACGAGUAUUUGUCCGACGCGACCGUGACGCCAAGUGGAUGGGUCAUGGGUUAUGGGCUACGGGAAUACACAACCCACAAAAAAUAAUGCAUAUGAAACACAAUAAAAAUAUAUGAAUUACACACAAAAAAGAUGGAAUUAAUGGAAUAACAUGAGAUUUUAUCAGUGAGAAAUAUGCAGAUGCUGUAAAAAUCAUUAUAAUUAAGUCUAGCAUAAAUAUGCUGUAAAUACAAUUUUAAACAUUCAAAACAGAGGACAAACAACUAUAAAUCAUGUCAUAAAGCCAGACUCCUACAAAAUACGUACAUAAAUAUGUACAUAUGUAUGUAUGUGUGUAUGGGUAUAUGUAAGUAGGUGUUUGAAUGUAUCUCGGCCUGUCCUUGCGGCGUCCAGCCAUAACGAGUGCCAACUAAACCAAAUCGCAGCACAUAGUAAGUUUCAUUUGGCUGAGCGACUACAAAUAGAAACUAAAUGCUAACCACGGGUCGAUGUCCUCUCGUUACCAUAAACAGCAACAACAUUUGAAAGAUAUUUUCCACUGAGAGUGGGACAGAAAAAAGGGAAUGCAUACUCAGGCUACAUUUAACAAAAAACAAAGAGAAACCAAAACCAAAUAAAAUAAUUCAUUAUAACUUGAUAUACAUACUUAACGAAAUGAAGCCUGAAAAUUUUUGAAAUCACUUUUGUUAAUAAAUAUUCAAUUAAAAUAAAGCUCUGAGCAGAGUGUGUGCUGAAAAAAGUGUGCAGAAAAUUAAACAUAAAUGUAUAAAUUAAUUUACCUACUCAUUCGCACGUCUUUCGGUUGUAAAGAAUAAAACACACACAAAUCAGAAAUAACGAAUAACGACUAACGAUAAUGUAUUGUACAUAUAUAAGAGCAUUUGUUUCAGUUUUUUAUUUGCCAUACGGUCAUUAAAUUGUGUAAAAUAUUUCAAAGGGCAGACUGCUUCAUGGAAGGCGAGAAGGCGGGAGAAUCGCAUUUAAUUUUUUUUGUUCUCUUGCUGUUCAUGAAAAAUUCAAAUAAAUAAGAUAAAUAAA